UAGUUUCGUUUCUUUUCUUCGUUCUUUACUUCUGUCAGUCACCCAGUCAAUCCAGUCAUACGUCAUGUUGACAUGCGGACUGACAUGUAUUGACAUCGCGUGUUACGAAAAAUAAAUUAUGCAAAUUAAUUCAUUAUUUUUGUAAUAAUAUAAAAUUAAAGACACAGUGUUACUAAAAUAUUAAACGGUUAGACCGCAGUAAAAUAAUAAUGGCGGAAAAAUACAUACUAACACUAGAUAUAGGAACUACUACGAUACGUUCUUUUAUAUAUAAUUCUAAAGCCGAAACUGUUGGAAGUGCUGUUGACCAGGUCAAAUUACACUAUCCAAGUCCAGGGUUUGUGGAAAUAGAUCCUGAGGAGCUAUGGAAAUCAGUAGUACAAGUUGUGUUGAUUUCAAUCAAAGAUGCAAAACUAUCAGCAGCGCAAAUCACAGCAAUGGGCAUAUCAACACAGAGAAGCACAUUCAUUAAUUGGUCACGGGAAACGGGUAAACCGUUCCAUCGAUUCAUCACUUGGAAGGAUCUCAGAGCCGACAAACUUGUUAACCAAUGGAAUGAAUCGUAUACAUGGAAGCUAUUCAAGGCCAGCGCGUACGUUUUGUAUUUAAUAAUGAGAAGUCAGAAGUUCCGAGCCGGAAGUGUCCUUAAAUUCAUGAACACACAGACUACCUUAAGGCUAAGUUGGGCGCUACAGAACAUCGCGCCGCUGAAAGAAGCUGCGAAAAGGGAUGACGUCAUGUUCGGGACACUGGACACUUGGUUACUGCACAAACUAACAGGAGGCAAAAUCCACGUGUCGGACGUCUCAUCAGCAUCAGCAACUGGUUUCUUCGACCCAUUCUGCAUGGAAUGGGGCGGAUGGGCACUAUCCCUCUUCAAGAUACCGCGCAGUGUGCUACCCACCAUAGUGGACACUGCGGGCAAGCAUUUCGGGACCACUACGCCUGAUAUCUGGGGGCAUGCGAUACCUAUCAUAAGUUGUAUGGCCGACCAAACAGCAUCAAUGUGGGGUUCCUGUUGCUUCGAAGUCGGAGACGUGAAGCUAACCAUGGGCACGGGCACCUUUUUCAAUAUAAACACGGGUUCCGUGCCCCACGCUAACGUGGCCGGAUUGUACCCCAUCGUGGGCUGGAGACUGGGGGAUGAGUUGGUGUACUCUGCUGAGGGCUCUAACAAUGAUACUGCGUCUAUUAUCAAGUGGGCUCAGAACUUAGGUCUUUUUGAAAACCCCCAGGACUCGGCAAGCAUUGCAGAAUCAGUUCCCGACACUGAUGGAGUCUACUUUAUACCGGCAUUCAGUGGAUUAGGGGCGCCAUACAACGACGGCUCAGCGGCUUCAGGCUUCGUCGGCAUGAAGCCCUCGACGACUAAAGCGCACCUAGUGAGGGCAGUCUUGGAGUCUCUCGCGUUCCGGAUAGCUCAGCUGUUCUACUGCGUGCGCGAGGAGAACAACUAUCAGUUCAACAUUAUCAGAGUGGACGGCGGCGUGUCAAACAACGACUUCAUCGCGCAGCUGGUGGCGGACCUGACCGGGCUGCGCGUGGAGCGGCCCGUGCACACCGAGAUGUCCUCCCUGGGCUGCGCGCACGUCGUGGGCCUGCAACUAGGUAUAUGGAAAUCCAAAGCGGAGCUAAAAUCAAUGCGCAAAGUCGCCUGCGUAUUCAAUCCACGGCCUCGUGUCAAAAAAGCAUACGACGUCACAUUCACCCGCUGGGAGGACGCCGUCAAACGCAUGUGCGGUUGGUACACAGCUAACAAGUCCCAACAGAGCCUCUCUACAGUCUCAGACUCGAGUAGUAGUUCGGUAACCCCACAAAACAGCUUCAAGGUACCUUCGAGAAAAAACGGUAAGUACACAUAGCGGUGGCUUUUCUACGUGCUAGCGUUCCUCGUCGCGUGCUUGCCUAUAGUUAGGUGAUAUAUAUCUUGCCGUGAUGUUUUUAGAUUGAUUCGUGAGGAUACACUCAACAGUGAUAACCCUAUUACUCUAUAGGGAGCAUUCCACGAAAUGGUCUAGCGUUGUCCCGUAAAUGCGUGGAAUUUCUGAAGAUUUAAAAGUACAGGUCUUUCUUUAUCUGUGGCAAUGAAUGACAAAGGAUCAAAAAUAUGUUCAGAAAAAUAAACAUUGACUAAAAACGCUGAAAAACAUCUGUACGAAAUAAAACGCGUUUGUACGGGACAACCCGUGGAAUAGCUUUAUAGUUAGAUUUUUUUAAGAUGUGCGAAUUUCACUUAGUUGUUUAUAAAAUUCGGACAGAGUAAAAAAAUCUGACACUACCUGCUAGUUUUUAGGUGUAGCGUAGGGUGCAGCGCAAGCUUGCAUAUAAAGGGUCAUGCCGGAUUUCGCUGUUUUUAUACGUAGCUUUUAAGUGUUUUGAGGUUAUAAUAUAAGAAUAAUACAGGCAAAUAUCAGCAGCAGUACCAUUUAAUCAUAUAAGUAGUUUUAUUAUUAAUUUAAAAUUCUGAUGAUCAAAAUCAAACGUUUAAGGGUCGGUUGCAUCACACGUCUGUCACCGUUAAAGUGCCCGCUAAAUUUUAAUGUAUCGGAAUUUUCGUUCGGAAGUCCGUCAACCUUGGUUGGUGCAACCGGUCUUAAGUGUCGUCUCAAAACUUACAGAUUAGAAGACAUUAUAUGUAUAUAAGUUACCCUAACCUGAAAAUAAAAAUGCCCAUUUAUUUAUGAAUGCUCGAUACUCUCGAUUUGCCUACUGUUGUACAUGUUGGGAAAUUAAAUGGAUAAAUAAUCCGCACUAAAACUAGGUUGUAUUGAGCUAGAUUUUAACUCUAAUGCAGCGAGUCACUCAUAGAGCAAUUGGAGAAGUUGAUUGUGUGUUUCUGCAUUAAAAGACUUACCGAAGAUUUACCGAUUUCCGUAAAAACGACUUCGUAGUAUUGCAUUUCUCUACGGGCUCAUUUAGACGAACUCGCAUGCGAUUUUAGACUUUUAGUUAGUUCAAAUACCGCAAUUUAAUGAUAAUGAAACACGCAUGCGAGUUCUCGCACCGUCUAAAUCAGCCUUAUGGGUUUUAUUUUUCUUGCCAUAGGUUGUGUAAUUUACCAAUAAUUUACCAUUUAGGGCAUAACGCCAUACUAAACAAUAAUACUCUUCUAAGGUACUGUGAAAUUGCAGCUAUCUUGCUCUCUUGGCCAAAACAUGACAGAGGCAUUUAGUAGCACAUUUUAUACAGCGUGUCCCGUGGGAGAUUCUCGAUUUUAAUUAAAAAUAAAACUUAAUAUACCAACACAAUUCAUUUUUAUAAAAAGAAGUUAAUGAGUUUUUUAUUAUUAUUUAUUUAUGUGUAAAGUUUAAAUGCAUUAGAGCAGGGGUUCCCAAUCUUUUUCAACAUGCGGCACACUUACAAGUUUAGUAUUUUGCAACGGCGCCCUUGUACAUUUAAAAUCACGGUCGAAAAAGAGUGACACGACGUUAUAUUAUUUACCGAUGCGAGCGCUCAAAUAGGUACCCGCGAAUAUUUGUGGUUUCGGAUAAUGAUAGAACUCACGGCGCCCCUCUUUACUUUCUACGGCGCACCAGGGCGCCGCGGCGCACACUUUGGGAACCCCUGCAUUAGAGUUAUCUGCCACAUAUCAAACAAUAUUUUAUUGUGUUUAUUCAAUAAACACGGUUCGACACAAUAUUGCAAAAAUGUGAAAUCCGCAAUUUUAGUAACAUUUUUGUAAUACGUUAAAUUUUAACAUAUUUUUUAUUGCCCUCAUGUAUAUUAAAUACUUGAUUCCUUUACAACAAAAAAAAACCGUACGGCAACUUAAAUGCAUUAUUUGCGGCGUAAAUAACGUAAAACUUAUACAUAUUUCAUGAUUAUUUCCAUACAUUGUGGCGUAGCCGUGCAGCCCGUUUCAUCACAGGCCGUGUGCUUUUUGAAUGGGAUGUUUUUACUCGCGGUGCGCACUAUAUUUAUUUUAGCAAAUUGCAAGUUUCUAGGGCACAACAGAUCCCCACGGGAGUUUAUCGGAAAUGUUUGAAUCUCACAGGAAGUAGAAGCGAUUGACAUCUUCCAAAAAAAAACUAUCAUUAUUUAUAGUAUUAUUAUUUUAUAUAGUAUUUAAUAUCUUUAAGUAUCUCAAACUGUUUAUUUGCCCUAAAUGUGUCCCUCUGUCCCAUAUUUUCUCUUACCCCACCUGACCUUACACCUAAAUUACGAAUUAAUUUGGACUAUAGUUAGGAGAUUAUUCGGUCGGGGUCUCCAAACCUUUUAACCCCAGGGCCAACAAGGCCAGACCUUCAGUUGCUUUUACGGUUUUUAUAUAAUUUGUCUCUUUUCCUCUUUGGCCCGAACCGGUCCGCGGGCAGUAGUGUGAAGACCCCUGUUUUACGGUAACUAUAUGUGGCGUUCCAUAUCUAAAAUGCUAUAUGUGCUUAAGGACCCUUAAGGCAUGGAACGCCACAUACAUACAUUUUGUAGUGAUUAUUCAAUUGCUAAAAAAAUCGAAGUAUAUUGUAAAUGUGCUAGGUAUUUAAAACCCCUUGCCAUUAUUUUAAGUUCAGACUCGGGUUGACAAAAAAAUACUAAAGUAAUCGUAAGUAGAUUGUAGUAAAAUAAAUUUAAUAGUGUACAUUAAAAGGAAUGUUGAUUGUAUAUAGUGUAAACGUGAGUUAAAUUGGUGAUAUCCUGAUUUGAAUAAUCCAUCCAUCUCGUGUUCAAACCCUUAUCAAGGCGAGUAGAACCAAUUUAUGCUUUCAUCACAAAGUUCCGGUGUGUGAGGGAGACAGCGCUAUGCACUUAGAUAGUGAUGUCUCGAUCACACAACGGAGAGGAGCGUUCUGCGUAGACCGCCUUAGCGACCGCAAAUGACACUUGAAACAUGGGGUAUAUAAGACUGACAUUCGAUUGCCCUCUAAGUAGUUGUAGCGGGUCAAAAUUCUUUUUGUUUGUUUUUUGUCCCCAAAAAUGCGACGGAGUGGAUUUUUUGUGUGAUAUGAAAUUUAGUUUUUUUUUCUCAUGUUAAAUGUAAUCUCCAGCUAUAAAGACAUGUGAUGAGUAAUGGCACUCGUCUUAUUUAUUUAUUUAUUUGAUAAAAUACCUGUGGCCCUAAACAAGACAACCAAAAUAAUUUUGAUCCUAGCCCAGUUAAAGGUUAGUAAAAUAAAGAUGGAAUUAUUCAAAACUGGAUUGUGAUAUGUAUUAAUUGCGCUGAGUUUAAGCGUCAUAAUCGUGUUUCCUUCACAUUACCUUUGGAAUAGCUGACUUGGUUUCAUUAUUGAAGUUGCCAUCAAUAUUAACUUGAUUUUUAAUUGUCAAGCAUAGCAUCUUCACGAGUCGACCAAAAGAGAAAAAGCGUUUUUUAAGUGUUUGGUAUUAUGGUCUGUGCGGAAAAAGAAGAGUCGUGAAUUAUAUGGGAUCCAAUACAUUCUACGACUGUUCCCUUUCCCCACAGACUUUAUUUUUGGUUCAGAUAUUAAAAGUCAAAGCUUAGAAUUGGAUAUACAGAACAAAUAAGUACAAAUCCAUGCUUGAUUAGUUAUUUAUCAACAUCUUUUUACAGUUUUACAAUGUUGAAACCUUGAGCCAUCUUGUUUUUUUUUUAUUUAAAAAAUAAUAAGUCUGGUUUUACCGCGACUUGAUUAUAUAUGUAUUGAACGUCACUAAAUUUUAGUCAAAUUUAGUUAAAUUAUUAAUUUUGUUACUAAAACCCUUUAAAAUACAUGAUAUAUUUUUAGCACAAAAUGACCAAUGUAAUACACAAUAUAUACCAUUUGCGGGUAAGACAGUUAAAAUUAACAUAAUAACUGACACUUAUCAUUCAAGCUGAAAUUUAUUUACCUAUGUAAAUUAAUUUGUUAUACAUGAAAAAAUCUCUACUAUUACUUUACAAAAUUGCUAAUUUCCCCAAAAAACUAAAUAGGGCUAAAUCCGUCCAUGAGAUAUAUACCAACAUUUGGCUAUGGAUUAGUUGUCCUGCUCAAACGAUAUUUAAGAAUGGAGGUUUUUUUUAUUAAUUAAUACCUUUUUCUUAAUGUUACAGCACGUGGUGGUGUAAUUUUUAAGUAUAUUAAAAAGAUUGCAAUAUGAAACCCACUGAAGUUGACUUUAGAAAAUCAAAAACUCAAUUCAGGUUAGUGUAUAUUACGUAAUUACGGGAUUUAAAUCAUUGCAAUUUAAAUGUAUAAAUUGGAACGAUAUAACCCCGUAAUUUAUAAGUUAUACCUCCAGAGACCCAGAAGCAAUUGUUUUGUUUUUUAAAUUUGGAACCCUUAGUUAUAUAAUAAAAGUUCAAAAUAGAUUUUGGAGUAUGUACAAAAAUUUGUACUCAGGGUCUUAGGAGAUUAAAAAAAUAUUAUCUUGCCUUGGAGUAGCUUAGAUUUUUGUACGUAUUAUUGGUUGAAUUUCGAUCAUCUUGUUUAUUUGUAACCGUAGUCCCUUUUUCCUGUACAGAGUAACCAAUAACUACGUUUUUUAACCUAUUGUAAUGAUAUCCAUUUAAGUAAUACGUCAAACGGUAUUCAUGGUAUGGAAGCCCAGAAAAUAUAAUCAGAUGUAACGUAAUUUUACAUUUAUAUUAUUGCUAAAUUAGAUCCGAAAGUCAUUUCAAUACAUCGUAAAUAUAAUGUAUGUAUGUAUAAAUAAAUUAUGUGUAAUGUGUCACUGAUUGACACCCUGGUUAACUGGUAGAACCGUGGUCAUCUUGGUGUUUUGUGAAAAGAGUACAAAACAAAUUCUAAAUACAAUGACACCAACGAUAAUUAUGUAAAUAUAUCAUUAUGAAUAUUAUAAUUUUCAUUAUAGAUUUAAAGUCAAGAUGCAGAUAUAUGUAUUUGGUACGAUUUUAAGAUGUAUGAAAAUUAAUUCACACAUCUUCGAGAACGGAAAACAUUGCGAAAUAUACCUAGUAUUAAGAAUAUAUUUCGGUAAAAAUACAUUUCAUAUUUGUUUAUGCAAUUUUUAGGUCAUAAAGAUACAUAUAUUAUGUAAAUAUUAAUGCACUCCUCUUCUUGUUAUUAUAUUAUAUAGGCUGAAUAUCAUAUAAUUAUUAUACCUAAUAUAAGUUAGAUAGAUCUAGAUGACAAUAUAUUGUUUUACCAUUUAGUGAUACGGUUUUUUACCUAAAUGCUCAACAUAUUAUGAUUGAUAUUUAUUGUAAUGAUGUUUGAAUUAUAAUUCGUUUUAUUUUUUGUUUUGGUAGAAUUUAGUUUAGAGAGAGUUUUUUAAGGGUGUAUGUAGUGGGAGGUGUAUUAUAAUUAGUAUUGUUCCUCAGAUUUUGUUAUCACAUUAUUGUUAAAAUUAUAUAUUUUGAAAAUAAAAGUUGACAUGACAUAAAAGUUAUUUUAGUUAUCUUUUAAUACUUUAUCGAAAACACUCUAAAAACAUUAUUUCUUUAUAUUUCUAGAAAUGCCUUCCAUAUAAUAAACGAGCCAUUUUGAACAGAUGCAAAACGUACUAUUAAUAAUAAGGUAAGUUGGGAUAAGAUGGAAUGGUUUUUGAUGAGAUGAACAGUGUUGUGUUGGAACUCCCGUAAAACAAAAUUUGUGUUGAACAAUUGUACAUUCGGGGCUAAAAGGAAAUAAUAUACUUUCCUCUUCCAUCGAUAAUAGGUAGUCCGGUAAUACGGUAGCAAUGAGUAAAAAACACCUUGUGGAAAAAAAA